GAGGGGAGAUGGCGAACGGGGAGGAAGGAAGGGGGGACAGCGAAGGGGGGGGAACGGAGGGGGGACGAAAAAGGGGGGGGAACGGAGGGGGGAUGGCAAAGGGGGAGGAACAUAGGGGGGACGACAAAGGGGGAGGGAAGGAAGGGGGACGACAGGGGAGGAACGGAGAGGGGACGACAAAGGGGGGGGAACGCAGGGGGGACGGCAAAGGGGGAGGGACGGAUGGGGGACGACAAAGGGGGAAGAACAGAGGGAAGACGGCGAAGGGGGAGGAAGGGAAGGGGGGCGGCAAAAGGGGGGGGAAGGAGGGGGGAGGAACGGACGGGGGACGGCAAAGGGGGAGGAACGGAGAGGGGACGAGUAAGGGGGAGGAACGGAGGGGGGACGACAAAGGGGAGGGACGGAGGGAGGGGACGGCAAAGGGGGAGGAACGAGGGGGGACAACAAAGGGGGGGGGAACGGAGGGGGGACGACAAAGGGGGAGGGACGGAGGGGGGAUGGCAAAGGGGGAGGAAGGGAGGGGGGACAACAAAGGGGGGGAACGGGGGGAGGGGGGGGCGACAAAGGGGGAGGGACGGAUGGGGGACCACAAAGGGGGGGAACGGAGGGGACGACAAAGGCGCCAGCGCGAAAGGCGCCAAAGCGCGCACCGCGCUUGGGGAGGAACGGAGGGGCGACGGCAAAGGGGGAGGAACGAGGGGGGACGGCAAAGGGGGGGAAGGAGGGGGGACGGCAAAGGGGGGGGAACGGAGGGGGGACAGAAAAGGGGGAGGAACGGAGGGGGGACAGCAAAGGGGGAGGAACGGAGGGGGGACAGCAAAGGGGGAGGAACGGAGGGGGGACAGCAAAGGGGGAGGAACGGAGGGGGGACAGCAAAGGGGGAGGAACGGAGGGGGGACAGCAAAGGGGGAGGAACGGAGGGGGGACAGCAAGGGGAGGAACGGAGGGGGGGGGGGGGGGGGGGGACAGCAAAGGGGGAGGAACGGAGGGGGGACAGCAAAGGGGGAGGAACGGAGGGGGGACAGCAAAGGGGGAGGAACGGAGGGGGACAGCAAAGGGGGAGGAACGGAGGGGGGACAGCAAAGGGGGAGGAACGGAGGGGGGACAGAAAAGGGGAGGAACGGAGGGGGACAGCAAAGGGGGAGGAACGGAGGGGGACAGCAAAGGGGGAGGAACGGAGGGGGGACAGCAAAGGGGGGAGGAACGGAGGGGGGACAGCAAAGGGGGAGGAACGGAGGGGGACAGCAAAGGGGGAGGAACGGAGGGGGACAGAAAAGGGGGAGGAACGGAGGGGGGACAGCAAAAGGGGGAGAACGGAGGGGGACAGCAAAGGGGAGGAACGGAGGGGGGACAGCAAAGGGGGAGGAACGGAGGGGGACAGCAAAGGGGGAGGAACGGAGGGGGACAGCAAAGGGGGAGGAACGGAGGGGGGACAGCAAAGGGGAGGAACGGAGGGGGACGCAAAGGGGGGGAAGGAGGGGGAGGCAAGGGAGGAACGAGGGGGGCAAAGGGGGGGAAGGGGGGGCGGCAAAGGGGGGGAGGAGGGGGGACAGAAAAGGGGGGGAACGGAGGGGGGACAGCAAAGGGGGAGGAACGGAGGGGGACAGCAAAGGGGGAGGAACGGAGGGGGACAGAAAAGGGGGAGGAACGGAGGGGGACAGCAAAGGGGGAGGAACGGAGGGGGUACAGAAAAGGGGGAGGAACGGAGGGGGGACAGCAAAGGGGGAGGAACGGAGGGGGGACAGAAAAGGGGGAGGAACGGAGGGGGGACAGCAAAGGGGGAGGAACGGAGGGGGGACAGCAAAGGGGGAGGAACGGAGGGGGGACAGCAAAGGGGAGGAACGGAGGGGGGACAGCAAAGGGGGAACGGAGGGGCGACGGCAAAGGGGGAGGAACGAGGGGGGACGGCAAAGGGGGGGGAAGGAGGGGGGACGGCAAAAGGGGGGGGAACGGAGGGGGACAGCAAAGGGGGAGGACGGAGGGGGGACAGCAAAGGGGAGGGAACGGAGGGGGACAGCAAAGGGGGAGGAACGGAGGGGGGACAGCAAAGGGGGAGGAACGGAGGGGGGACAGCAAAGGGGGAGGAACGGAGGGGGACAGCAAAGGGGAGGAAGGAACGGAGGGGGACAGCAAAGGGGGAGGAACGGAGGGGUACAGAAAAGGGGGAGGAACGGAGGGGGGACAGCAAAGGGGGAGGAACGGAGGGGGGACAGAAAAGGGGAGGAACGGAGGGGGGACAGCAAAGGGGGAGGAACGGAGGGGGACAGCAAAGGGGGAGGAACGGAGGGGGGACAGUAAAGGGGGAGGAACGGAGGGGGGACAGCAAAGGGGGAGGAACGGAGGGGGACAGCAAAGGGGAGGAACGGAGGGGCGACGGCAAAGGGGGACGAACGAGGGGGGACGGCAAAGGGGGGGGAAGGAGGGGGACGGCAAAAGGGGAGGAACGGAGGGGGACAGCAAAGGGGGAGGAACGGAGGGGGGACAGCAAAGGGGGAGGAACGGAGGGGGGACAGCAAAGGGAGGAACGGAGGGGGGACAGCAAAGGGGGAGGAACGGAGGCGGGACAGCAAAGGGGGAGGAACGGAGGGGGGACAGCAAAGGGGGAGGAACGGAGGGUGGACAGCAAAGGGGGAGGAACGGAGGGGGGACAGCAAAGGGGGAGGAACGGAGGCGGGACAGCAAAGGGGGAGGAACGGAGGGGGGACAGCAAAGGGGGAGGAACGGAGGGGGGACAGCAAAGGGGGAGGAACGGAGGGGGGACAGCAAAGGGGGAGGAACGGAGGCGGGACAGCAAAGGGGGAGGAACGGAGGGGGGACAGCAAAGGGGGAGGAACGGAGGGGGGACAGCAAAGGGGGAGGAACGGAGGGGGGACAGCAAAGGGGGAGGAAUGGAGGGGGGACAGCAAAGGGGGAGGAACGGAGGGGGGACAGCAAAGGGGGAGGAACGGAGGGGGGACAGCAAAGGGGGAGGAACGGAGGGGGACAGAAAAGGGGGAGGAACGGAGGGGGGACAGCAAAGGGGAGGAACGGAGGGGGACAGCAAAGGGAGAGGAACGGAGGGGGACGGCAAAAAGGGGGGGGAAGGGAGGGGGGACGACAAAGGGCGGGGACGGAGGGGGGACGACAAAGGGGGGGGAACGGAGGGGGGACGACAAAGGGGGGGAACGGAGGGGGGACGCAAUGGUGGAGGGACGGAGGGGGACGACAAAGGGGGGAGAACGGAGGGGGGAUGGCAAAGGGGGGGGACGGAGAGGCGAUGGCAAAGGGGGAGGAACGGAGGGGGGACAGCAAAGGGGGAGGAACGGAGGGGGGACAGCAAAGGGGGAGGAACGGAGGGGGGACAGCAAAGGGGGAGGAACGGAGGGGGGACAGCAAAGGGGAGGAACGGAGGGGCGACGGCAAAGGGGGACGAACGAGGGGGGACGGCAAAGGGGGGGGGAAGGAGGGGGGACGGCAAAAGGGGGGGAACGGAGGGGGACAGCAAAGGGGGAGGAACGGAGGGGGGACAGCAAAGGGGGAGGAACGGAGGGGGGACAGCAAAGGGGGAGGAACGGAGGGGGGACAGCAAAGGGGGAGGAACGGAGGCGGGACAGCAAAGGGGGAGGAACGGAGGGGGGACAGCAAAGGGGGAGGAACGGAGGUCCUAGUGAAAUUUAAAAAAAAAAAAAAAAAAAAAAAAAAAAAAAAAAAAAAAAAAG